CCACAGCGAACGACACGACGGCCAGCAAUCCUUUAUCGUACUUGUAUCAUCAUCAUCCGCCGGAUGUUUUUAUAUGGUGUAGCUAGUACUACUACUGCUAUCUCAGGGUAACCCAAAAGUCAUGCAGUGCGAAGUAUUUGUCACUAGCGACAACUGCUUCUCCAUCUUGGCGUUUGUGAAUCGGUGAAUUAAGUGGAUAGAUAACAAACCCCAUUGUAUCGUCUUUUCCCUGCACGAAAAUGCACGCGCCCGUAAGCUGAGAAAUUAUCACUGCAAGCAUUCUGGAAGUUCGCGUGGGAAAAAUCCGGUUAGUAAUGAACGCUGGCUUGAAGUUACAACUGAAGGCCGUCUUUUUAUCCACGAUAUAUUGCAUCAAUUAUGCGUAUUCUUCCACAAAGAAUGAAACCAAGACAUCUGAGCCGGCUUUUCCUACAUCAGGCAGAAGCUCCAGCCUUAGUCAUCAUCACACAACAGCUAACUUGACGUCUGAAUCCUCUUUGACGUAUAGUGGUGCUGAGGAGCGGAGUACCAGCACUACCACAGAAUUAAUUUUCAGUGGAGUUCCCAAGGAAGAGGAAGGUAUUCUAGUCAAUAAAUCAUAUACAUCUACCAUAACAUCCUUCCCUGGCACGCCAACGCCCACACCCCUCAACAAGAUGUUAAAUUUAACAGAAAAAAAUGGCAUUAACCGUUCUGUAGGGACAGGUAGACCAUCCAUGACACCCUUUCUUAAUAAUGGGUCUGACGAUAACCCCACGAAGGUCAACAACGAGUCUGCAUUUAGAUCUACAGCAACAAGAACCAAUAUCAGGAAAGUGGUGGACCUUACCACGAACGAGGUUACUCGAGACACCACCACCACGUCCGACUUGCUCACGCCUACUCAAGAAUCUUUUCCAAGCACUGAUCAGAGUAGAAAUGACACAAGCAGCACAGUGCGGAAUGCAUUUGAAAAACAUACUUUUCACAACAAUGUUGGCUCAUCAACCAUCACAUAUGACUACGGUGAUUCAACAGAGGUGAAAACCUCUACAACCACUACGUACGAAUCUAGCACAGUUUCAGAAUCACCAUCCUCAGGUGGCCACAGCUCACAGGACGCAGAGAUCAGAAUGCGAAGCGUGACAGAUCAUGGAAUAAGUAGUAUAGUCUUGAGGUCCAUACCAAAACCUACUUCAAGUUCUGAUUAUUCACCGGAAGACGUGGAAGCAGUUCAGCAAAGGGCCUAUAACAUUGCCUUUCCUGUGCUAAUCUUCAUUGGCUCUGUUGCCAAUAUCAUCUGCAUAGUUGUACUCAUGAGGCCAAGAAUGAGAUCAGUGCCUGUCAACAAGUAUUUCCUCGCCCUCGCCUGGUCUGACCUGGUGGUUUGUCUGAUGAACAUCCCCAUUGCAGUUACUACCAAUGGGUGUGACAUACGUUCUUAUGGGGAAGCUGUCUACUUCGGACACUUCGGGUGGUCGACGAUCGAGGUAUCGCAGACAGUUAGUUUUUACACGUUGCUCUUCCUGUCAUACGACCGAUUUCUAGCUGUGUAUUUCUAUCAGAAAUUCAAACAGCAAAACUAUGCGAAGAUUCUUCGGCAAAGAUACGUCAUUACCAUCAUUGCUGACAUCGUCAUUCACUUGUUUUACUUCUUCAACGUAAGGAUCUGGUGCAAAGAUGAGAUGCAGGUGGAUCACUGCGAGUCUGGCAGAUUCCUCAUCGAAGACUCUUAUCGUUUCAAUGACCACACAGUCUGGCGCGAAGUCUACUUCAUCUUCCAUGAGCUGAUAAUACGAUGGAUACCUGGCCUCUUACUCGUGAUAUUCAACGCCAGUUUAGUUGCAGCCAUUGCCAUCGGCCGGCUAAGCAACCCUACUUCGUCUCACAGGUCCAAGAAGAGAGACGAGUUCCGCCUCACCAUCACUCUCAUUGGCAUAACCUGUUCGUUUAUUAUCUGCACUUUCCCCAACACGAUUUAUUCGAUUUGGUUCGCCGCCAACAUCAAAGAGAAAUGCUACGGAGAUCACGAGGUCUUCAGGGCUGUCUCGAAUAACCUACAAUUACUGGAGCACGUUUUACACAUCGUAUUUUUGUCGAUGCUCAAUCCAAGUUUCAGAAACGAACUUGCGCAUUUUCUUACAUGUACGCCCUCGCCAGACUCGCCGAAUGAGGCCCUCCAGUCAUCUAGAGACCUGCAGAUGUAUCAGAUCAACCGGCGGUCUGCUAGCCAUUCGCCUUUUCCUGGCAGGUCUCCGAAUCAUUCUCCUUACACGAGCAAAAGGAUAUCAGGGUCAGAGGUUGUUGUCACGACUGGCCUUGGGAGUACCCUAAGCCCAAGUGCACGUUACUAAGCUCGUAUGAAAUUUUAUAUUGAUGUUAUAAACCAAGCAAUUCUCAUGUGCGAUUUCGUCCACUCGUAAAUAUCUGCAUUUAAAACUAUAGUACUAAACACGUGCACUUUCAUGUUAUGGCGUCAGUGAAACAAUGGAAAGCUAAUGAGCAUAUUAAUGCAAUGUUUUCUGCUGGUCUUCGGGACUAACUGACAGUAGUAGUUCUGACAAGGCAGCGUUUCCGUUUCUUUUGUUCUCUUCUGACACGGAGCAAUUUGAGGGGAGGUUGACUUCAUAUUUUCAGAAAAAAAAACGACUGUUUAUCAUUGUUCUGCAUUAAGAAUUAUUAUUAUUAAUCUUGUUUUACUAUUUAGGUUUAUUCUAUCCAUUUUUCUCACACAUUCUGUUUUUUGCUUAAUAUAGGCUACUCAUCGUCAGUGUUUACUAUUAUUAUUGUUUUAAUAUUUACUUCAUUAAGUAUGUUGUCCUCUGUUUAUUACCUUUAUUUAUUACUGAUAAUGAAUUACGACUUUCCCAGUUUUUAAUAAUAAUAAUAAUAAAAGUAUUUCCA